AUGUUUCAAACAAAAUACGAAUUCGAAUAUGCUAAAAGUCGCGAUGAUAAUAUUUUCAACGAUGUAAAAAAAGAAAUAAUAACUGCAAAAACACCAGAAGGAAAUGACUUUGAUAUUGUAACUGAACCUGGAUAUGGGGAAAGAGCUACACUUAUAAUGUUUCAAGAGGAAGGAACUGCACACUAUUCGGCAACCGAAAAUCAAGACCAACAAAUGCAAAUACAUGUUUCACAGCUUUCACUUGCUCCAACCACAUCUAAAAACUCUAGCGAAGAACAAACUGGAGAAGAUAAAAUUGAAAUUACCCAGGAACUGAUUUCGCAACAAGAACAGCCACAGCUUAUCGAAACGGAAGAAUCUAUGUUUGUAGAGUUUUGGCAAAUGACCCAGGAACAAACUAUUUCAUAUAGACAAAAGGGAGAUCCCAAAAACGUUGAUUAUUUAGAAAAAAAUGUUGAAGAGAAACUAUUUAAACAAGAAGACCAAAAAGAGGAAAGUGAGAGUGAGACUCAAGGGAAAAAAAAUAAAAUAGAAAGCAAUAGAAAUAAUGAUAUAAAUGCCAAAUUAGAUGCAAUUUUAGAAAGGCUAAAAAAGUUAGAUGAGUUAGAAAAUAAAUUAGAUAAAUUGGAAAGUAAAUCAAACAAAUUCCAAAAACAAACCAAUGAAAGAUUUAAACAUAUAGACAACAAGAUUGACAAAAUGCAGAAAGAUAGUGGAUAUAUCUUUGAAAUGAUUGCAAGAUCUGAAAUCUCGAAAAGAUACGGACAACGCUAUUCAGAGAAAUUUUUGCUAUUUGACACAAACGGAAUUACCAGACUUUCAUUGCCAAGUGCAAUGUUAAAGCCCAUAAAUUCUAUUAUGAAUUUGAAAUAUAGCAGUCAAGGUUAUACGAUAGAAUUUUACAAUAAAAAACUAGCUAAGCAUAUCUGGGACAUAAAAGAUGAUCUUGUGGAACGAAUUAAAGAAGUAAAAUGCCACCCAAAAACGCAUAAUAAAAAAGGCUAUCUUGCCCUUUGCGAAAGAGCAGAAUAUUUGCUUGAUAAAGCUAAAUCGGCAGAUGAUACAUUAGAAUUCUUAAUUCAUCACUCCAAUUUAGGAGUAAUGAUACUUACAGCUCAUUUAAUAAACUUCGAAGACUCUAUUAAAUUCAACCAGUCACCUUUUUUCGAAAAUAUAGAGAUUGAUGUUAGAUGUAAAAAUGAGUUGAUUGAUCAAGAUACUAUUACUAUUGAGAUUGGAGAGAUAAAAAGCUCUAUUGAUGAAAAGUCGAUAUGCAAAGCAUAUCAACAAUUGUAUUUACGUUUAAAAAUACUUUUUCAUACAUCUAAGAUAUUAUUCCCAGAGAAAAAAAUUAUUUUAAUAGGAAGACUAUUUGUUGGUGGAAAUGUUAACCAAAUUCGAAAUCACAUCUGGGAUAAAUAUCGGGAAGAACAGGGUAUUAGUGAUUUAAUUAAUAUAAUACCCACAUUAAUCUAA